AUGGUAUAUAGUGCGUUUUACAAAAACUUUUGUGUAGCGAUAAAAAUCUUACGUUAUCAUUAUGAUAAUAAUGAAGACGCUAAUAAUAAAAUUGUCCAUGAGAUUCAACUUAAUCAACAAAUGAGUUUAUAUCAUAACAAUAUCGCACGAUUAUAUGGGAUUACUAAAGAAGGGGCAAGAAAAACGUUUUCUCUAGUAAUGGAAUAUGCCAAUGAUGGGGGAAACAAUAUUAAAUUAUCAAGUUUUGGACUUUCAAAAAGAAUUAUGAAAGGAGAACAAAGUAUAAAUAAAGACAUUAUUGAUUUUGGAUAUGUUUUAAGCGAGAUAAAGUCUAAUCAUUUACAUGAAGAAUAUAACAAUUUAUUUAAAGAUUGUGAUACUGUAAUGAUAAAUUGAUCAUCACCGUGAUGAAAGGCUGUUCCGUGUUACAACUGUUACAUACUAAUAUCCUGUAUACUAUUUGAUGGACUUUUAAGCUUAUCUUUUCAAAUAAACAUCAUGAAAUCAUGGUCGACUAUUAGGAAAAGUAAAAAUUCAACAACAAGACCAUAAGUAACGUUUUAUAUUUAUAAGUUGAUAAGAC